AAAUGGAGCAGGGAGGAAGGUGCUCUGUCUGGGGAUUCCAUGGCAGUUGGGGGCUCAGAAGAAAGAGGCUUUCCCCUGCCCUGAGAAGACAUCCACCGGGCUGCUGUGCCUUUGACAGCUCCAUGACGGGCAGGAAUUCAACCGGAUGAGCUUUCCCCAGCAUGGAGAUGCGAUGAAGGAGGAAGCUAGACCUUCCGCUCUGACCCUGGCUCGCUUCAGCCUCUCUCCUGGGAGCUGCUUUGGGUGGUGACAGCGGACCCUUCAAGAUGGCGGAAGCCCACCAGGCCGUGGCCUUCCAGUUCACGGUCACCCCGGAAGGGGUGGAUUUCCAGCUGAGCCGAGAAGCCCUCAAGCAGAUCUACCUGUCUGGCCUCUCCUCCUGGAAGAAGCGUUUCGCCCGCAUCAAGAACAGCAUCCUGACCGGGGUCUACCCGGGAACACCUUCUGGCUGGCUGGCGAUCUUUGCGACAACCCUGGGCUCCAGCUUAUUCCACGUCGACGUCUCCAUGGGGCUGAUCUUCAGGAUCCAGAGGCACCUGCCACGCAGCUGCAAUUACUGCCUGAGUCCCCGGAGCAAACACCUCCUGGGCGUCGCCCUUUUCUCCACGGGUGCCUGGAUCUCGGGGAUCCUGCUCUGCCGACAGACCCUCAAGCUUCUCCUCUCUUACCACGGCUGGAUGUUCGAGCCCCACGGAAAGACCAGUCGCAGCACCAAGAUCUGGGCGGCCAUGGUGAAGGUGAUGUCCGGGUGCAACCCCAUGCUCUACAGCUUCCAGACCUCCCUGCCCAAGCUGCCCGUGCCCUGUGUGAAGGACACUAUCGAGAGGUACCUGGAAUCUGUCCGCCCCCUGCUGGACGCAGACAAGUAUGACGACAUGGAGGCCUUAGCCUUGGACUUCCAGCUUAACGUUGCCCCCCGCCUCCAGAAAUACCUCAUCCUCAAGUCCUGGUGGGCCACCAACUACGUGAGCGACUGGUGGGAGGAGUACAUCUACCUCCGAGGAAGAAGCCCCAUUAUGGUGAACAGCAACUACUAUGUCAUGGAUUUCCUGUACGUGACGCCCACCCACAACCAGGCGGCCAGGGCAGCCAAUGCUGUGCACUCCAUCAUGCUGUACCGACGACGCCUGGAUCAUGAAGACCUUCCGCCUGUGAUGGCGCUGGGCUUGGUCCCCAUGUGCUCCUACCAGAUGGAGAGGAUGUUCAACACGACCCGCAUCCCUGGAGAGGAGGCAGAUUACCUCCUGCACCUGUCGGACAGCAGGCACCUGGCCGUCUUCCACAAAGGCCGCUUCUACAAGCUGUGGCUCUACCAGGCGGGGAAGCUGCUCUCGCCCCGCGACCUGGAGAUGCAGUUCCAGCGCAUCCUGGACGACCCUUCGCCCCCCCAGCCCAACGAGGUGCGGCUGGCCGCUCUCACCGCCGGGGAACGGGGUCCGUGGGCCGAAGCCCGGAAGAAAUACUUCAGCCGAGGGAAGAACAAGGCCUCCUUGGACUGCAUCGAGCGAGCCGCCUUCUUCCUGACCCUGGACGAGGACGAGCAAGGCUUCUCCCCAGACCACGAGGACAGCCUGGACCUUUACUCCAAAAGCCUCCUGCACGGGAGAUGCUACGACAGGUGGUUUGACAAGUCCUUCACGCUGGUGGUGUAUCGCAACGGCAAGCUGGGUGCCAACGCCGAGCACUCGUGGGCCGACGCGCCCAUCAUGGGGCACCUCUGGGAGUUCAUGCUGGCCACAGACGAGUUCCAGCUGGGGUACUGCAGCAGCGGACAUUGCCACGGGGUGCCCAACACAGACCUCCCCAGGCCACAGCGCUUGACGUGGGACAUUUCUGAGGAGUGCAGCCAGGCCAUCGAGCUCUCGUACCGCGUGGCCAGGAGCCUGGCGGACGACGUAGAUUUCCACUCCUUCCGCUUCACAGAGUUUGGCAAAGGGCGCAUCAAGAAGUGCAGGACCAGCCCAGACAGCUUCAUCCAGAUCGCCCUGCAGCUGGCGCAUUUCCGGGACAAGGGCCGGUUCUGCCUCACCUAUGAGGCCUCCAUGACGCGGCUCUUCAGGGAAGGGAGGACGGAGACGGUUCGAUCCUGCACCAGUGAGUCCACAGCCUUCGUGCGCAGCAUGUCCAACUCAAAGUGCAGUCCGGCCGAGUCCCUUCGACUCUUCAAGGUGGCGGCUGAGAAGCACCAGAACAUGUACCGGCUGGCCAUGACGGGGUCUGGCAUCGACAGGCACCUCUUCUGCCUCUACGUGGUCUCUCGCUACCUGGGGGUCGACUCGCCCUUCCUCGCCAAGGUGCUGUCUGAGCCCUGGCGCCUCUCCACCAGCCAGACCCCCCAGCAGCAGAUCAAAAUGUUCGACAUGGAAGCCAAUCCGAACCACGUCUCCUCAGGAGGGGGCUUUGGCCCAGUGGCUGACGACGGUUAUGGCGUCUCCUACAUCAUUGCUGGAGAGAACCUGAUCACUUUCCACGUCUCCAGCAAGUUCUCCAGCCCUGAGACGGACUCCAAGCGCUUUGGGAAGAACAUCCACCAGGCGAUGCUGGACAUUGCAGCCCUGUUUGAAACGCCACCCAAGAAAGUGGCCGACUGAGCUUGGACUGGGCUUCCGAUGGCGGUGACCUCUCUGUCCUGGGCCCACUCUGACCGGAGCCACAAGGAACACACACACACACACACACACCGGCCAUCUGGCUGCAGAGGUGGCUCCUUCCUGGCAAGCGGAAAGCAAGAGGAUGCUUCUGGGCCCCAUUGCCAGCUGCUGCCCCCCCCCAGCCUUCUCUGCCUGGAGGAGGCACCCCAUGGAGGGACCCCAGAGGCUGGCGGGAGACGGGCAAGAGGGUGGGGCAGGGUGUAUUUACGAUGUCACUCAUAAAGGAGGAACACUUUUGGCUG